AUGGCUCAAGCAACGAGUUCGUCUACCACCCUGAACGAUGGAAAGAAUGAUGACCAUCGCAAUCAGUCGAACUUAAAGUCUGACGCGGACCUGCCUAUAGAUCCCUCAAUUGCGGCCUCAAGCCCAACUUACCCUCCACCUUACUCGCCCUACAAUCCGCAGGGCCACGACAUGUCCCAGUACCAGGGACACCCUCCUCCUCAGAUGUAUGCGCGUCCAGAGUGGUCGCAUGGAUAUCCUCACCAGCAACAUGCCAUGCAGGGUCCUUAUAGCUCCCCUGCCCCUCCAACGGUUGGUUCUGCCUCCCCUGCUACAACCGCGGGGCCGCGCCCUGGCCAGGUUUACUCAUUCGUUCCUAUCCCCGGCGCCCAACAGCACAAGCGUCCCCGUCGCCGUUACGAAGAGAUCGAGCGUAUGUACAAGUGUGGCUGGAAUGGCUGUGAGAAAGCAUACGGUACAUUGAACCAUCUCAACGCGCAUGUCACGAUGCAGUCGCAUGGCUCUAAGCGGACACCAGAAGAGUUCAAAGAAAUCCGCAAGGAAUGGAAGGCCCGCAAGAAGGAGGAGGAGAACCAGCGCAAGGCCGCCGAAGAGCGUGAACGUCAGGCUGCUGCCCAGGCGCAGGCCGGCCAGGUCGAGGGCGGUGCUCCUGCUGACCCUUCUCAAGCCGGUCAACCGCCCAGCUACGCCGGUGGUGUGCGACCUCAGCUGCCCCCAAUCGGCUACCAGGCUGCCGAGAACCAAGUGCCCGGCCAAUACCCUCCUGGAGGCGCCGGUGGCAUGGUCUAUCCUCAGGGUAACGGUCAGAUGUACGGCAACUAUCCGCAUUCGCCUUACGCCCAAAACAACCAGGUGUACCAGCAACCCCCAGACAACAACCAAUCUGGAACUUACCAGUAG